AUGAGAAUAUUCUUUCUCAUCAAUUUAUUUGUUCAAGUUUCAUUUGUUCAUCCAACGCAUUUCUUUGGUGGAACAAUUACAUAUCGUCCUUACAAUAAUUCCCAAGUCAUUGGUCCAGUUUCCAUCAUAGUGCGUGAACGUUUAUCAUGGCUUCGUAGUCGUUAUUUUCCUUAUUGUUCUCCUGCCACAAUCUCUGCUCAAAGUCCAAUGAUUGGUGAUUACAUGGUUGUAAGUUGUUUGACAGGUUCUUGUGGAUCUCAUUGGACAUAUGGUGUUAUGAAUACAUAUACAUGGUGUACUGAUUAUAGUAUUCCUCUUGAUACUGCUUCCGGAGAAUAUUAUAAUACAUUUUCAAUUCCAAUUAAUGUUGCCUUUAGUAUUGGUUAUGCUUCGUGUUGUUGGCUUGAUCAAUUAGGUGUGGGAUGGGCGGGUUUAGGAUGGAGUGUUGUUGGUCGAAUAAAUACAUUUGUUCGACCCGAUGGAUAUUUGAAUACCAGUCCUGUUGCUGUUACACUUCCAAUAAUUUAUAAACAAACAGCAAUUUCACAUGUUCAUAUUGUUCAAAUGUCUGAUUUUGAUGGCACAGAUAUUUUGAAAUGUCGAUGGUCAACAUCAUCAAGUAAUGUGAAUUCUUGUGAUGAAUGUGAUGGAAUAUGUAAUGGUCUUCCUGGUGGUGUCACUGCCAAUCUUAUUGGAACUAAUUGUACAAUGACAUUUACUCUUGCAACAUCUAAUUGGUACUAUGGAGUCGCUUUACAAAUUGAAGAUUUUUUUAAUAAUGCAGCAUUUUUAGCAAAUACUCCUAUGAGUUCUGUUCCUUUACAAUUUCUUUUCUACGGUUAUGGAAAUUCGGGUGGAUGUUCAUUUGCACCUGAAAUCAUUGGUGAUCGACCAAAUCGAGCUUGUAUCGGUGUCAUGCCCAAUGAUAAUGUCACGGAACGUGUCGUUGUACAAGUGAAUUGUCCUGGAAAGAGUAUUGUUGAUUUUAUUUCAACUGUUCCUCGUGGUAUAACCAAAAGUAGUAUUUUAAAUCCAAGUACUGGUCAGUAUUCAGUAUUUUCAAGUAAUUCGUCUUUACAUAUCUGGAAUAUUUCAGGUGUUUACAUAGUUGUUCUUUCCUGGUUUCCUCGACUUGAUCAAUUUGGUCCUCAAGGUGUUUGUAUGGCAGCAAUUGAUAAUACAAAUAUUCAAUCAAAUCAAUGGUGUAUCACAUUCUUAGUUGGUUUUAGAUCACCUGAUGUUAUUCGACCACAAUUAGUUCAAGGUUCAGCCUCACCUGUUGGAACUGUUUUUCAAAAUCAAACGACUUUCUCCAUUCAAACUUCGAAAUUUGUCAAUCGUCCAACGCGAAACGCAACUUUCAUUUAUUUUCGAAAUGCUUCUGGCGGUGGUUCACUUGUCCAACAAUACGAUUGUGGGUGGGAACCAGAAGUCACAUACACAGGAUAUACCAUUGUUAUUCGAUUUCCAGUUGCUCCAUGGACUCCUGGACAUUUCUUCUAUGUUACUAUGGAUAGUGGUACGACUCAAUCUCAUUUCUCAUUGUUUUCACCAUUCUUUACGAUUGUUCGUGUCAAAGGUAACACAUUGGAACAUACGAUGCACGGCAAAGAUGGAAAACAAUGUGUGGCAGUUCGUUAUGUCAACGAUCAAGGUCAACAACAGAUUGAUAUGAAAUGUGGUUCGGUAGAAGCUCAUCGUUGGUUCAAACGUGUUGAAUAA